AUCGCGGAUCAAAAAAAAAAAUCAACGCAUUCAUCAGUCGCUAAGUACGACUAUCUCAACUCACUCAACAUAUAGUCAGAGUCAAAUAAACUGUACAACGUGCACAUUCUAUAAAGACGGAGAGCGAGAGAGAGAGAGAGAGCGAGCGAGAUCCUUCAUUGUCAAAUCAUCUGAGAGAGAGAGAGAGAGAGAGAGAGAGAGAGAGAGAGAAUAUGGCGGUGAGAGCAAGAGCUCCCGGGAAAAUCAUACUGGCCGGGGAGCACGCCGUUGUACACGGAUCCACGGCUGUGGCCGCCUCCAUCGAUCUCUACACUUACGUCUCCCUCAGCUUUCCCCCUCAUUCUGACAAUGAUGGCAUGCUAAAGUUCCAUAUGAAGGAUGCGCACUUAGAAUUAUGUUGGCCGGUUGACAGAAUUAAGGAAGUUCUGUCUGAGCUGGGUAGGCAAAUUCCUUCAUCACCUGCAUCAUGCUCGCCAGAGGCCCUGAAAUUAAUUGCAGCUCUAGUUGAAGAGCAAAAUAUCCCAGAGGCAAAUUAUUCUCUUGCUGGUGGAGUUUCAGCAUUCCUCUGGCUAUACACCUCCAUCCAAGGGUACAAACCUGCAAAGGUUGUUAUUACUUCUGAGCUUCCACUUGGUGCUGGCUUGGGUUCGUCUGCUGCAGUCUGUGUGUCGCUCUCAGCUGCAUUUGUUGCUUUGUCAGAUAGUGUGAAUCUAGAUCGCAGCCAUCAAGGCUGGUCAAUGUUUGGAGAGAAUGAGCUGGAAUUGGUGAACAAAUGGGCUUUUGAAGGUGAAAAAAUAAUCCAUGGGAGGCCAUCUGGUAUUGACAACACAGUGAGCACAUAUGGCAACAUGAUCAAGUUUAGGUCAGGGGAGUUGACAUGUCUAAAGUCCAAUACGUCACUUAAAAUGCUCAUCACAAACACAAAAGUUGGGAGGAACACAAAAGCACUGGUUGCUAGCGUCUCAGAGAGGACAGUCAGGCACCCAAAUGCGAUGGCUUCUGUAUUUAAAGCCGUUGAUUCUAUCAGCAAUGAAGUGGCUGAAAUCAUCCAAUCACCUUCUCAUGAUGAGAGUGCUGUAUCUGAGAAAGAAGAGAAAGUGGGGGAACUGAUGGAGAUGAAUCAGGGGUUGCUUCAAUGUAUGGGGGUCAGCCAUGCUUCAAUAGAAACAGUGCUUCGAACAACGUUAAAAUACAACUUAGCCACCAAGUUGACAGGAGCUGGUGGUGGGGGAUGCGUACUAACCCUGUUACCAACCCUGUUAUCAGGAACGUUAGUCGACAAAGUCAUUGCAGAGCUUGAGGCUUGUGGAUUCCAAUGUUUAAUUGCUGGAAUUGGUGGAAAAGGUCUUGAGAUUUCUUUCGACUCUUCAUCCUGAUUUUCCCUGAGGUGUCCAUUAUUUGUUGCAAGGAUCUGCCUCUGCAUCGUCCAAUAAUGAAAUGAAGAUUUACGCGUCUCUAUAGGUUCUGUUAGUUUUUGCUCUAGGUGCUUGUUUUUAUCCUAGUUUUUGUUUCGUAAACUGUUUCCUUUUGUUUUUUUGUUGUGUAACCUCAAAGAUUAUAAUUGUCUCCUUCAGAGCCUGAUUUCUGCGGCUUGUUGGUCAAAAUAACUGUAAAAAAGGCGGGAUACUUGAGGAUUGCUCCAAAGCUUAAGGCUCCGUCUGUUUCAACCUUCAAACAUAUCACGAAUUGCACUGCUAAACAUGUUUCAUGCAGCAAUAAUUAUAUCAACAACAUUUUUGUUUCUA